UCCGUUUCCGCUCCCAGCCGACUCGCUCGCCUCACGGCAUUCAUUUCAUAAACUGAUUCAGUUCAAUUCGUUCACUCAAAAGAUUCGUUCUUGUGAACGAAACAGCCCUAUUUUGAGGAGCGAGGAACGUCGGAUUUAAGGGACUUGAGAUGCAGCCAGUGUGAUAAUCGACAUACACAGCACAGAAGACAGAAGGAUGGAGUGUUGUUUGCAUCAGCCUGUGGACUCGCACAAUGUUAAUGAAGUCAUCAAUUAUUUGCCUUCGCCAUUACCAGUGAAACAUUAUGAUGCUGACACAACUGAGCCAAUUAGCUGUAGUCUUCAGACUUUGGAUGAGCUGUUUUCAUGGAAACAAACUGAGGCAUACCCCUUUAAUGUGGCAGUAGUCCCCCUGGCAGCACGAGAACCUGCACUGUCAAGUUGCUUACAGCGCACCUUGGUGUCUCAUGACAUGAUGGGUGGAUACCUAGAUGACAGGUUUGUUCAGGGUACAGCUGCAGAAGCUCCAUAUGCCUUCUACCACUGGCAGCACAUUGAUAUUUUCAACUACUUCACACACAAUUUGGUGAGCAUUCCCCCUGCAGUCUGGACCAAUGCUGCACAUAAACAUGGAGUUCUUGUUCUUGGGACUUUCAUCACAGAAUGGAGUGACGGAGAAGCGACAUGUGAGGCCUUCCUUCGAGAAGAAGAGCUGUAUUGUGAAGUAGCUGAUAAGCUAGUUGAAAUGAGCCGUCAUUAUGGCUUUGAUGGCUGGCUCAUAAAUAUCGAGAACACUCUCAGUGAAGUUGCAGUGCAGAAAACGCCGUUGUUUCUACGCUAUCUCACAAAUCAGAUGCAUGAACGAGUCCCCGGCAGCAUGGUCCUGUGGUAUGACAGUGUCAUUGAGAACGGAGAGCUAAAAUGGCAGAAUGAAUUAAACCAAUCUAACAGGGUUUUUUUCGACGCAUGUGAUGGUUUCUUCACCAACUACAACUGGACAGCACAAAACCUGGAGCGGAUGACUGAUAACAAUCUUCCCACUGGACGCCAGGCUGACAUCUAUGUGGGAGUGGAUGUUUUUGCACGUGGCAAGGUGGUAGGAGGGAUGUUUAAAACUCAUAAGGCACUGGAAAUCAUCCGAAAGUACAACUUUUCCGCUGCAAUCUUUGCUCCUGGUUGGGUGUACGAGACCCAAAAAAAGACUGAGUUUCGUCAUAAUCAGGAUAAAUUCUGGGCUCUUCUGAAAGGCAACCUGUCCAUUCAUCGUCCAGCUGUGACCCUCCCCUUCGUUUCUUCCUUUUGUCAGGGCUUUGGCAAUGCUGUCUAUUGCAAAGGAAAGUGUGAAACAAAGAGGAAUUGGUUCAACCUGUCUGCCCAGGAAAUCCAGCCAUGGUACUACCAUGAGCAACUGGAUGGUCAUGGCUGGGUAAGGAGCCGUGCUUGCCCAGAGGAUGCCUGGAAUGGGGGCUGCUCAUUGCUCCUCGACGGUCUCAUCCCGGCCACACGGACUUCUGCAGUCUGUGCUAAGCUCUUCUCUCUCCAUGUGCCUCUAUCGAAUACCCUGGUCAGCAUUGUCUACAAGUCGUCCUCUGAAGUCACAGUUUCGCUGGAGCUCAAGAUAACUGAUGCUGCACUUAGGACAGACGAGCAGAACCGGGAUGUCAAAUUAAUAAGUGUGUCUCCAGUUCUACUCCAUGAAGAACAUGAAUUAAUUCGGCAGUUUCCCCAUCUACAUGAAAAUAAGAAUACGGGUUGGAAUAUCAGGUAUUCAAAGUUGGACCUGCAAGGCUGUAUUCUUCGAGAAGUUUGUGUUAACAUCCAGCUGAUCGGAGAGCCUUGUGACACGACUUUCAGCUGCAGGAUGGGAGAAAUAAUGUUCCUAGACAUAGCCAGUCUACACGAGGCCCCCGAGAUGGUUCAGGAUUUUUGUAUUUCUGACAUCGUGUGGCUGCGUGGUGCCGGUGCUUCUCCGCACUCCACCUCCUGCUGCUUGUAUCUCAACGCAACGCUACAAUGGGGCUACCCGACCGAGCUCGUACGUCAUUUCAAGGUGUACUGGCGCCAGCUGAAAGGUCCGAAUCCCGGAAUGUCUGCAGGUGAGCCGGUUGUGGUCGGCCGGGCAUAUUCAAAACUUUAUAGGAUAACCGAACUCGCAGUGCUUGAGCCCCCAGGCCAGCUGGAACUUCUGGUGGAGCCAGUAACUUGGAAGGGGUUCCAACUUCCAAUGAGCUAUUGGGGAAGAAGAAGUGUCAGCUAUUCUGAGAUUGAUUGAAAAAUAAACUUUCAGCUCUAGUGCUUCAUGUCAUUUCAUAUAACCAUGAGACAAAUCAUAAUCUGCAUACUUGAGUACUGUGAAAUGAUGUAUUGAUUUAUGAUUUUCUGUUCGUUAAACUGGACUAUGAAUUGUACCGUCCUGCUCACCAUUAUUGGCACCGCUUCAUUUCUCGCAUGACCUGUAUAAUAUCGUCAGAAUAAAAUGGAAAUGUACCAAAUUUCUAUCAUCAGGGUUCUUUUACUUGGAGGUCCAAAGUAGUAAUUUAACAAAGAAUUGUGUUGUUGUUUUUUUCCUUCAAUCUAGCUAUUGUAAUUUCAAGGAAAAAAACAGAAAUCAGCAUGUGCAGCAAUAUUUGCACCCCUCCUUAAUAUUUGGUUGCACAGCCUCCCAGCAUUUCUUGUAUCCAUCGAGAAGCUUUUUGCACUUUUUUCUCCCACUCUUCCUUUGCAAUUUCUUCAAGCUCUAGAACAUUUGCAGGGUUCCUUUCCCCAAUGGCACAUUUCAGCUACCCCCAAAGAUUUACAAUUGGAUUGAGAUCAGGACUCAUUGCUGGCCAUUUUUGUCCUUUUCAAACAUUCCUGUGCUCUUUUGGAAGUGUGCUUUAGGUCUUUGUCUUGUUGGAGGACACAUGUUCUUUGCCUCAAACCAGGUUUCGCGCUACAAUCUCGUGAUACCUGUACAGUCAAGGCCUCCAGUACCAGAUGCAAAAAAAGCAGCCCCACAGCAUUAUGGAUCCUCCACCAUGCUUGACUGUUGCCAGGGUAUUCUUUUCCUUUGUUUCCUUGCAGCGUCUGUAAACAUACUGUUUGUGUGUGCAUUGCAAAAAAAACGACACUUCUUUCAUCUGUCCAUAAAAUGUUAUCAUUUGCUCUUUUGUAUCAAACGCAAGUUCUCUAUCGAAAAAUGUUGUUUACCUUGAUUCAUUUUCUUCAGGAGAUAUUCCACAUUUAGUACUUAAACUUCAUGGGUGCCAAUAAUGGUGAGCAGAACUGUACGUUGCACUUUCAAGCAACAGUAUUUUCUACGUAGUCCAUUGUGUAACUAAUUGUCUUGUAAUAAAUACUAUAUGCCAAUUCUCUUACUUAGGUUGUAGACUAUUACAAGAAUGUAUCUUUAAGAAGCCAAUACAAUUUAACAUAAUUCCAAGACUGCAAAUAAAAGUGAUGUGUUGCACAAAGA